AUGCAGAUGCGGGGUCUUCCACAUGCCCACAUCGUGUUCAAAAUCGAUGGCGAUGGACCAGUGCAGGCUUCGGACAUAGACUCCCUCAUCCGCGCUGACAUUCCAUCUCCGGAGGAGGCAGGAGGCCGAUUAAGGGCGUUGGUUCUGCGGCACAUGAUCCACGGCCCUUGUGGUACGGAUCACAGGACCGACUUCCCUUGCUGGGACACUGCCAAAGGCAGCUGUUCAAAAUUUUUCCCCAAACCUCCCUGUGAAUCAACCCAUGUAGACGAGAGGGGCUUUGUAAAAUAUCGACGUGAUUAUGGUAACGAGGGGAGUAUAACUUCAAGAAACAAAUCGAUUCCUGUACAUGACGGCUGGGUCGUUCCGUACAACUCGGCAUUACUACUUAAAUACGAGGCACACAUCAACUUGGAGGUAGCUUCCACUCGUCGUGUGAUCAAGUAUCUGUUUAAAUACCUCAUGAAGGGUGGCUCGCUUCAGAACGUCAAAGUUACUCCUCUUAGUAAACAAGACGAUGAAGUUGAGCACUACGUCACGAAGCGUAUGGUGGGAGCCAGCGAUGCAUGCUGGCGUCUCUUGGACUUUCCCAUCUCAAAGUCUGAGCCCACAGUCGAUUGUCUCCCUGUCCACCUAGAGGGAAAACAGACUGUGUGCUUCCGCCCUAACAACUUGACACACGCCACUUCGGGAGCUACCUCUGACCUGCUCUUGUAUUUCAAUAGGCCUCUUGACUCGGUAUUCGACGAUUUAACCUACCAGUCUUUUUUCGAGCAGUACGUUAUUCAUAACAAACGCCCUAGUAAUGCUGAGGUGUACGACCAUCCAGACGGCAAGCAUUUCCUUACCUCAAGAAAGCGUGGUCAAAAGAUCUGUCGUCUCUUCUGGGUCUCGCCAAACAGAAGCGAGCAGUACUUUCUUAGGCUCCUUUUGAUGGUCAUUCCGUGCCGGGGAUACGCCGACCUGCUUGCUCGUGGUGGUGAUGGUUGCACGACAUAUCAACAGGUUGCGCGCACCCUCGGUUUGGUUGAGGACGAGGACGAGUACCACCAAGCCCUCAAGGAAGCAGCUCGUUUCAUGGUCGGCCCGAGGCUCCGCUCUUUCUUUGUCCUUCUGUGCAACAUGGGAGCUCCUGCGGCCCUCUUGUGGGAUGCUUUCCGUGACGCAUUGUGCGAAGACCAUUUGGAGCGGAAUCCUCUUGAUCACGAGGUUGCGUACAAGCUGGCUCUGAUUGAGAUCGAUCGAAGCCUUCGACGUCAGGGAUCCUGCUUGGCCGAUCACGGUCUCCCUACUGUAGACGACGACACGACCGAACUGGGGAGGGAACUUCUCAUCUACGGUGAAAAUCGUCAGAGAUCACUUGUAGAUGAGUGGGAACCUAAACUUUCCCGCGACCAGAGGGCGGUCUUCGAUUAUGUUCGGUCUCUACUGCAGGGCCAAGUCUACAGCCGGUCUAAAAAACUUAUCUUUCUUGACGGACCCGGAGGCUACGGCAAGACCUGUCUAAUACAUGUUAUUCUUGCAUACGUCCGUAGUCGUAACCAGGUCGCUAUUGCUGUCGCUAGCUCCGGCAUUGCCGCUGGUAAUCUGCCAGGUGGCACGACAGCACACAGCAUGUUUCGGCUACCACUUGAUCUCGGCGAUGGCACUGGAUAUUGGAACUUGACGAACGGGUCUCAGCGAGCAGAACUCAUCAGAGCAGCACAGCUCAUUGUUUUUGAUGAGGCCCCGAUGGCUCACCGGUACAUUUUUGAAAUCAUCGACAGAUCUCUGCGUGACCUCAUGAAUUCACCUGAGCCAUUCGGGAAUAAGAUCUUUAUCUGCUGCGGGGAUUUCCGUCAGAUCGCACCAGUUGUUGCAAAGGCUCGUACUCCGGCCGACAUUGCCUGUGUAUCACUGCGUGCGUCAUCUCUUUGGUCAAGUUUCCAAAUCUUUUCUCUGUCCACCCCUCACCGGACUUCUGGGUCCACUGCCUACUCUGACUUCCUCCUUCAAGUAGGCAAUGGAACAAUUUCAUCUGUUCCAUUUGGGGAAGGCCGUGACUCUGUUGGCCUGAUCCCACUGAAAUACGUGACAUCCCUUCCCGACUUGAUCGAUUUUGUGUUUCCUGCUUGUGACCUACACCACACUGACAGAAUUGCUGGCAGGUCCAUUCUUUCAACCAUGAACGCCAAUGUCCAGCAGAUCAACAACACCGUUCUCAACCUGAUGGACGGCGUCGUUCAUGAGUUGAGGAGUGCGGAUUCCGUCGACAAGGAGAACGACGAUGGUAUGGAUGUAGACGUUCACUUGUUGAACCAAGCUACUGGCAAGGGUGUACCAGACCAUGUCCUGCGACUCAAGAUUGGCUCCGUGUGUCUCGUCAUGAGGAACUUGAACAUUGACAGCGGACUCGUAAACGGCACUAAAGUGAUCGUGACUGCAAUAAGACCUCGUCUGAUCACAGUGCGACUCCCUGGACAACAUGAUCCGAUUUGUAUUCCCCGGAUUCAAUUCGUUUUCCCGUUCGUUGAGGGGUCACCGCUUCGUGUCCGCCGUCUUCAGUUUCCUCUCAUGCUGGCAUAUUCCAUGACUGGCCACAAAAGCCAGGGCCAGACGAUUGAUCGCGUCGGAGUCGAUCUUCGCAGUGACUGUUUCACUCAUGGUCAGUUGUACGUCCUGCUCAGUAGAGUCAGGCAUCCAGACCAUAUAGUCGUCCUUGUCCGUCCCGACCGUGUCCAAGGUGGAAUCGCAUACGCGAAGAAUAUCGUGUAUGACGAUCUCCUCCUCUAA